AUGCUCCUACUAGCUCCUGGCCUCCUGCCCUUCCUGCUGGUGAUAAGCACAGGGGGUUCUGUGCCCAGCCCUGGGGCAAUGCCCCAGGGUUGCUACAUAGCGGAAGAAGCUGGCGAACAGACAUUCCGCUGCAGCCAGGCUGGCCUGAGUGUGGUGCCCAGUGGCAUCCCCAACAACACCCGAAAGCUUUACCUGGAUGCCAACCAACUGGCAUCAGUGCCAGCGGGUGCCUUCCAGCACUUGCCUGUCCUGGAAGAAUUAGACCUGUCUCAUAAUGUCCUUGUCCACCUCUCAGGGGCUGCUUUCCAGGGCCUAGAGGGUACUCUGCGCCACCUUGACCUCUCUGCCAACCAGCUAGCAUCCGUGCCUGUGGCAGCCUUCAUGGGGCUGCAGAUCCAAGUGAACCUGUCUGCCAACCCAUGGCGCUGCGACUGUGCCCUACAAGAAGUGCUCAGGCAGGUGAGGUUAGCUCCAGGCUCUGGGACAGGCAUCGUGUGUGGUCCAGGAGCCCAACCAGAUCUCGUGGGACAGGAGUUCCUUCUGCUGACUAGGGAGGAAGAACUGUGUGGCACCGGACGAGGUGGGACCCGAAGGAGCACUGAUGUGGCCCUCCUAGUUACCAUGGGGGGCUGGUUGACACUGGUAGCAGCUUAUCUGAUCCACUAUGUGUGGCAGAACCGGGACGAAACCCGGCGCCCACUCAAGCGGGCUCCUGCGCAGCCUGUGCGCUCAGAGGACUCCUCUACCCUCAGCACGAUGGUCUGA